GGAAGAGAAAAAGUAAAAGAAAAUGCUCUGAGACUUUGGGCGGUUUCUCUCCGACGCCGCUCCUUCGCUCAAUUUUCGCCGCCGUCACUCCUCUCUAUCCCGUCGCCGGAAAAUUGGUCGUCUCUGCGCUUUCCAUUUCCGGUGCUGUAUCCUCUCUCCCUGAAAACCGUAGCUUUGUGUUGCAUCGGACGUUUCGAAGCACAUUUUGGGGCUAGAUCCGCGAUGAAUAACCUGUCAGGGAGCUGAAAAUGAGGAGAAAGUGUAGAAUUUGGUGGCCAAAGCAGCUCUCUGUCUCUGAAACUCCGACCGACGGUCUCUUGUUUGGGUGGUCAUUUUGUCAAUCCUCUGUUUCGGUUGACUUUGUUGUGGCCUUCGUCUCUGACAAAGGCUCCUUGCCCAACUUCCGGUCACGGCUCCAAGACAGAAUCCAUGAGGCAAAUGAGAAUCUGCCCUCGCAGUUACGGGAUAAGGCUACAUUUACGAUCCUUGGUCAUUAUGGUACAUGCCGUAAUGAGAAUGGUGAGUUAUCCAAGAUUAUAGCUGAUGAAGAUAGCCAGAGUAUGAUCGUAGGUGAAGGCGGUCCAUGUGCAUUUACUGGCUUGAACUGUGGUUGUCAUGGAAUUGAUGGAUUAGUCGAGGAUUUAAGGCAAUAUUCUAUGAGCAGUUACUGGAUCCAUAUGGUGUAUGAUUCUUCCGAGCAUAGUGAUAGAAAGCUUCGUUCAAGUCCCAGAUUGCAUCAUAUACAUUGGAACAGGGAAAUAGUGUCUCAAUGUGAUGUCCACGUGAUAUACUAUGAAACUCCAGUAUAUGGUUCUCACCAUUUUGCCCUCAGUCUUUGGAGUUCUACUCAGGCGAAAACUCCUUUGAAGAAACCCAAGUGGGUUGAUGAAGUUCAACGGCAGCAGCCUCUCUGUGACAUAGAAAUUGUAAUUCUUUCUAUCAAUUGUGCGUCGGCUGUCAAAAUAUGGUACGAGAGAUGCAUACAGUUGGAGGCAUCAGUGCAGAAUAGUUCCAUUAGUUAUAUGAUAUUUUCUUUGGCCUCACAGUUACUGGCCACGAUUUUAGCUUCGACAUCAACUCUAUAUUAUGGCUUCAUUCAGUUCUUCUAUUUCCUUUCAAGUAUUCCAUUUUUCUAUUGGAUGCACAUCACAUCAGAAAGGGUGCUCAAGAAUACAUGGACCAAUCUCAGAAUACGCAGUUGUCAGAUAUUAUAUUGGCCGAUUCUCCUUCAAGAGAAUGACAUGAGGUCGAGAUACUGUGUGGAACAUGCAGAGAAAGCUGUGCUACAAAGGCAUGCCAUGUGGUCGGCCUUAGCUGUCGAUGUUGUUUCAGGGAUUUUGAUGGGUCUGGGACUUUUGUUUCACACAGAUUCCAUCUGCCUAUGGAUUUUCAACUUUACAAAGGAGUUUACAAACGGUAUUUUGCGGUCAGGUUGUGUGUGGUUGAUGGGAGUCCCGGCAGGUUUUAAGUUGAACACUGAAUUGGCUGGCGUUCUUAGCAUGGUGUCUCUAAACGUGAUCCAGAUAUGGUCUACUCUCUGGGUCUUUAUGGCUUCAUUUAUCUUUUGUGCCAUACGAUUACUUGCCCUCGUGGGGAUUACUUUUGGUACCACGGUAGCUGCUGCUUUGGUCACAGAUAUCAUUACUUUUGCAACACUUCAUAUAUCAGUUCUUCAUCAGACUAUUGCAUUCUUGUAUUCUCACCAGAUUGAAGCAUUAGCAGCUCUGUGGAGACUUUUCCGAGGCCGGAAGUCGAAUCCUCUGCGCCAAAGGUUGGACAGCUAUGGGUACACCGUGAAGCAACAUGUAGUGGGAUCGCUUCUGUUCACUCCUCUUUUGCUUCUCUUGCCAACCACUUCAGUUUUCUUCGUUUUCUUUACCAUCCUGAACACAGCAAUCAACUCCAUCUGUAUGUUGAUUGAAAUCACCAUAUCGGUCAUCCACUCCACUCCAUAUACCAAAGUCAUUGUUUGGCUUAUCUGGCGCAGAAGAUUUCCUUCCGGUAUAUCGUUCGAGAUCGAGGAUAAAAUCUUCAGUUCUUCAAAUGAUGUUUCCGAGAAGAAAUCCCUUCUUCUGGUUUCCACCCUUCACAGCAACUAUUUAACCAUAGGGCAGAUCCUCAUGCCUCACUAUAAAAUGAUAUUUUCGGGAAUAUCGGGUUCUUCUCUGGCGGCUUCAGCUAGUGGAAUCCUCACCGGCAAAAGAAUGCCUUCGAAGCUGGGACUUGGUCUCCCUCCAACGAUGCCAUGGAUGCAUAUGACAUGCAGAGAGUACUGGAUACGAUGCCGUGAUUCUAUCAUCUCCUCCAUUAAAAACGAUUCAUUCUCGGUGGCAGAUUCAGUGUCGCAAUAGUAGAAGAAACAGAAUCUUACGAAAAACAUAGCAAAAUGGGAUGACCUCUACAGGCAGAGCAUGAUCAUCGGCAACUUCGUCUCGCUUCUUGAUCUGCAACGGAAGGACGGAGGUUUUACUUGUGGGAGCAAUUUUUAUCGUUGGAGUGGUUCGAGGAUAGAAGAAAUCUGUUGGGAAGAAGUUGUACUGAAGCCCCGCCAUGAUCGCUGAGCUCUAUAUGACUAAGAAACUUGUAGGGAUUUUUUUUUGGGUUUGAGGAAAAUGUGAUGGCUUCUGUUGUUGGGGGCUUCAUUUAUAGACAAACCCUUCAUGAGAAUCAGAGCAAUUAAAUUAGGGGUGUCAAUUGCACAUUGGAAAACGUGGGGGUCGCUUUUUUAAAGAACUUUGUGCCCAUCCAA